UUUUUGUGUUUGGGGACCGUAGAAUACAGUACAGUUAUAUACCAAGAGAAGAAGAAGAAGAAAUGGUGUUGAAUUGAAGAGAAAGAAAUGAGAGCGAAAUGAGUCAAUUUUUCAUUUCGAUUCCAUCUUCUGAAUCAUCAUAUCCUUCUAUCAGAUUUCUUCAAUCUGAUUUACUUAUGGCGGCCACACAAGUCAUUGGGUUUCCUCUAUUCGAAUCUUAAUUCCAAGUUUGAUACUUUGGUUCUGGAUUCUUGAAGAAUUCUUUGUUUCAAUAAGGAAUAUUCGAAUUCCCAUGGCUAAUCCACCAAAGCCUAAUGUUGGAUACUCUAAUAACCCCUCUUACUCCUCCGAGUCAUCGACGUCUCUGUCUGAGAAAACCCCUAUUCCUCCUCCUUUAAUUUCUCCCAAGUUUCCUCCGCCUACCUUCCAACAAGAUCAAACUACUAUUUCACCUUCAAUUAGAUCACCACCAAAUGUACCUUCCUCUUCCAAUGGGGUGAAAUCUGGCAGCCCAAUUUCUCACUUGAGCACUCCGCCUGGACCUCCUGUUUUUACUUCACCUGUACGCCCUGCUGCUGUGCCUUUUCGGGCAUCGCCCGUAACUCCUCAGCCGCUUGCUUUCUCUUCCGGCUCAUCUAUCCCAACAUCCUCUCCUCCACACUUCUCAAAUGGAUUGGUUGAUUUCCAGCACCAAGUUUCAGAUGUUCCAGAGGAUUCAGCUCAUGUUGGGGAAGCCCCGUUUGUCCAAUUCUCAGCUCAUAAGGUAUUGAAACAAAAGAAACUAGCAAAUGUUCCAAGUUUGGGUUUUGGGGCAUUGGUAUCUCCUGGAAGGGAGAUUUCUCCUGGUCCCCAAAUUAUACAACGUGAUCCACAUCGCUGCCAGAGUUGUGGAGCUUAUGCAAAUACCUAUUGCAAUGUACUACUUGGUUCAGGCCAGUGGCAGUGUAUAAUAUGUAGAAAACUGAAUGGAAGUGAGGGUGAAUACAUAGCUCCUAGCAAAGAAGAUCUUCGUAAUUUUCCUGAACUGGCUUCUCCUAUGGUUGAUUAUGUUCAAACUGGGAACAAAAGACCUGGUUUUGUUCCAGUUUCUGAUUCAAGAACUUCAGCACCUAUUGUUCUUGUCAUAGAUGAAUGCUUAGAUGAGCCGCACCUCCAACAUCUACAGAGUUCCUUGCAUGCAUUUGUUGAUUCACUUCCCCCAACAGCAAGAGUCGGGAUAGUGUUGUAUGGCCGAACGGUAUCAGUUUAUGACUUUUCAGAAGAAUCAGUUGCAUCUGCUGAUGUGCUUCCUGGUGAGAAAUCACCAACUCAGGAAUCAUUGAAGGCAUUGAUUUAUGGCACGGGCAUUUAUUUGUCACCAAUGCAUGCUUCAUUGCCUGUUGCACAUGCUAUAUUCUCAUCACUGAGGCCUUAUAAACUGAAUGUUCCAGAGGCUUCUAGAGACCGGUGUCUGGGAACGGCUGUGGAGGUUGCUCUUGCUAUAAUUCAGGGGCCGUCUGCAGAAAUAUCUCGGGGGGUAAUAAAAAGGUCGGGAGGUAAUAGUAGGAUUAUUGUGUGUGCUGGUGGACCUAAUACAUAUGGUCCUGGAUCUGUUCCUCAUUCCUUCAGUCACCCAAAUUAUCCUCAUAUGGAGAAGACAGCGUUGAAAUGGAUGGAAAAUUUAGGUCAAGAAGCUCAUAGGCACAAUACAGUUGUGGACAUUCUAUGUGCUGGUACGUGUCCUGUAAGGGUUCCUGUUUUGCAGCCGCUAGCAAAAGCAUCCGGAGGUGUUUUGGUUCUUCAUGAUGAUUUUGGAGAGGCCUUUGGUGUAAAUUUGCAAAGGGCAGCUACCAGGGCUGCAGGUUCUCAUGGUUUGCUGGAAAUUCGCUGUUCUGAUGAUAUUCUUAUAACUCAAGUCGUGGGUCCAGGUGAAGAGGCGCAUGUUGACACUCAUGAAACCUUCAAGAAUGAUACUUCUCUAUGUAUACAAAUGCUUAGUGUUGAAGAAACACAAAGCUUUUCACUCUCUAUGGAAACCAAAGGAGAUAUGAAGAGUGAUUAUGUGUUUUUCCAGUUUGCAAUUCAGUAUUCAAAUGUGUAUCAAGCUGAUAUAUCAAGAGUAAUUACUGUUAGAUUGCCAGUUGUUACAAGUGUUUCAGCAUAUCUGGAGAGUGUUCAAGAUGAAGUAGCGGCAGUCCUUAUUGCCAAGAGGACCCUUCUCAGAGCAAAGAACUAUUCUGAUGCAAUUGACAUGCGAAAAACAAUAGAUGAAAGAAUUAAAGACAUUGCCCUGAAAUUUGGGUCUCAAGUACCAAAAUCAAAGCUCUAUCGAUUUUCUAAGGAGAUCUCUUUAUUACCAGAGCUCCUAUUUCAUCUUAGACGGGGUCCUCUUUUAGGAAGCAUUGUUGGGCACGAAGAUGAGAGGUCUGUACUACGCAACUUAUUUUUGAAUGCAUCCUUUGAUCUCUCACUUCGUAUGAUUGCACCUCGAUGUCUAAUGCAUCGAGAAGGAGGAACUUUUGAGGAACUACCAGCUUAUGACCUUGCUAUGCAGUCUGAUGCAGCAGUAGUUCUUGACCAUGGUACAGAUGUCUUUAUAUGGUUGGGUGCCGAACUUGCUGCUGAUGAAGGGAAAAGUGCAGCUGCUUUGGCAGCUUGCAGGACAUUAGCUGAAGAACUAACUGAACAGCGGUUUCCUGCCCCUCGCAUCCUUGCAUUCAAGGAGGGAAGCUCUCAGGCCAGAUACUUUGUUUCUCGUCUCAUACCGGCACACAGGGAUCCUCCAUACGAGCAGGAGGCAAGAUUCCCACAGUUACGUUCCUUAACAACAGAGCAGCGGACAAAACUGAAAAGCAGCUUUAUUCAUUUUGAUGAUCCCAGCUUGUGCGAGUGGAUGCGCAGCCUGAAGAUAGUGCCACCAGAGCCUAGCUAGCUAGAUGCCGCAAAAGAUGUUCUUUUUUGAUACAACAAAACUUGAUGGUUGAUCAGGAGGGAGUCUCCACAGUUGCUUCUUACAAUCACUGCUGGAGUCUUGAAGACCCUUCUUGUGUUUCCCCUGCUUUUCAUUUUUUCCCUUUAUAUAUAAAAAGGGGGAAACUGUUCCCCUGUUGAUCAUGUUAAGUGAAAGAGUAGGCAAAUUAUACACAAUUUUAUGAAGUAGGGGCCCGAGAGAGUAGUGACUUGAAGACGAUUUUUUUUCCUUGUUCUUUUUAAUACUCGAGGAAUGUUGGUAAUCUUAAUAUUUAUUGACAUUGACAUUGACAUUGACAUUGUCAAUUCUAAAUUUCAUUUCUGAACAAAGUGGAUACAUUUGCUCACUCCAA